UACCUAUAAAAAUAUUAUUUACAGGAACUAAAACAUCAUGAUUGGAACAUAUAUCUUACUUUUGGUGAUUGGAGCGAGUACAGCCAUACCAGAAGCGAGAGGCGCAAAACGACCUGCGCCUCCAUACGUCGAAGCGAAUGGGCAGUUCCAACAGGCAAAAUACUUUGUACAAAGCAACCUACCAUUGAAACCGAGAGAUAUCCACGAUCCCGCUGAAAGACAAAACCAAGGUUAUGGAGUCCUUGUGGGAGUUGUCUCUGAUUUGGUUGACGCCCUUGAUAGACCAGACUAUGAACCCAUGCUUGUCUUGGCCGAAAGUGUCCCAGCUUCAUUGAGAAACUAUUUGGAAAUAGCGAAACAAGCGCAGCUAGAAGUAUCCGACUUAGAACUUAAAGUCCAAUUGAUAACCGAUUACAUGGCUGCCACAUGUAUUUCAUAUACUAUCCAGGAAUGCAAUGAACACGUUCAAGAAAAGGUGGAAAGUCUGCCUACCCUUUACAGAGCUCCAGCUAAGCUUCUUUUAAAACUUGGUAAAGUUUCAACAGUCAUUCUAAACAACCAAGAUAACCUCCAAGAAGUGACAAAAGACCACGGAGAAGUUUCUUAUCUUUUACAUAAUGUUGAAAAGCCAGAUUUCCAAAAUUUCAUUAAGGAGUUAAACGAAAUUAAGCACGCAGCAAAAAACAUACAACUCAGAAGGAUGUCAAAUAAUUGAUUAGAAACGGAACUCAAACACUGGACGUUUGGAAUCGCUUUAGAAAUAAAACGUGUGUGAAGCA